GUCUCAGAAACUGAAAGGCUUUCAUAUGUGGGGAAUAACUUUGGCAGUGGAAUUAUGAAGUGUAACUCUCUGUGCAGGUAUUUUGUUGGUGUGUUAGACAAGGACUCUGGGCAAAUGGAAGUCUAUAAUGCUGAAAUAUUCAACAUGCAGCCCUUGCUGUCAGAUAACUUGAUACCUGAUGACACGAAGGAUUAUCAGACUAAAUCGUACAGGGAGAAGAUGGAUUUGUGCAUUGAGGCCUUUGGUACCAGCAAGCAGAAGCGAGCUCUGAAUUCUCGGCGAAUGAAUGCAGUGGGCAAUGAUAUUCUGAAUACAGCUGUGACAAAAGCAGCAGCAAACAUUAUAGAUGCAAAGGGAGUAACAGCAUUGAUCCAGGAUGUGGCCCAAGAUGAUGUGCAGAACAUCUCAAUCUUCCUCCCACCAUGUAACGAAGAUGCUGACAAACCAGAAAACGUUUACAAAUUUGAGGACAUUCUGUCCCCAGCAGAGUAUGAAGCAUUGCGGGUUCCAGCAGCAGUCUUUGUUAACAUCACUCCAGAAGAAAUCACCAAGAAAACAGAAGAUAAAAGCCAUUGCUCCUUUGUUUUAGAGAAGCUGAAGUUCCUGCCUACUGAUGAGAACAGCAGAGAUUACAAGGCCCGAUGCCUCUGGUUCCUGGACACCCUUAUUAAGUUCAGCUACCUGAAAGUGAUCAAGAAGAAGCAUCCUAUGGGUCCUGAAUGCCCACACAUAAUUAGCAGGAAACUCAUGAAGGAUUUCACUUCACUGACCUACAACAAUGGCAGUGUCCAGAACUUAAUCUCUGCAUCAAUGAAGGCAAAAAUCACAGCAUACGUCAUUGCAUUGGCUCUGCACAUUAACAACUUCCAAAUAGACCUCACUGUCCUGCAGAAUGACAUGAAGCUCCAAGAAAGCAGGAUGAUGGACAUUGCAAAGGCUAUGCGGUUGAAGGUCUCCAAGGCAAAGGGGAUGCCGGGACUUGAGAGUGAUCACAGCCACAAGCUGGGCACUCUCUCUCUCCCCUUGCCUGUGCAGAAGGUAUCGGGGAACCAACGGAAGCGCAAGAAAAUGAACUGAAAUGUCUGAGAGGUCUGAGCAGAGGUGCUCAUUUCUCAACUGCUGUUCUGCACACAGAGGAUCAUGGGGAUGCUUUUGUCUGUUGG